AUGAGCAAGGAACAAAAAUAUCUGCUGAGCGCGGACCAAGAAAUCACCGACGCUAAAGAAAUAGCUCUGAAAGCAGAAAAACGCGAGCAAGCAAGAGUGGACGAUCUGGAAAAGAAUGCGGUCGCUUCACGCAAGUCCGGUUUGGACCAAGAAAAAGGUCAGGAUAUGAUGGACUUGUACCAGGACAUGCUGGAAAAGCUUGCUGAGAUGCACACUGUAUCUCGACAGUCACAAAAUGACAAAUUGACAAACGAACAGCCUCAAUGGCUAGAAGACAAGUUGCUUCCCUGA